AUGCGUGCUUUAACGAUUUACACAAAGGAAUUCUUGUUAAAAAUUAAGGGUGUUAUUGCGAAAAACCAUAUUGCCAAGUUUGGAGUGCCAGUUGCUAGUCAAGCGCACAAAUACUGCAAACGAGGAAAACGCAUUCGUGCCGGUUGGCAAACUGCCCUUGGUCGUACUAUUCCCAACAAGAUGACCGUGCCUACCAUUUCGUUAAUGACUGCCGCACUGGCUGCUCUACAAAUGACCAACGGUCUACACGCGUAUCACCUGUAA